AUGGCUAUCUUCACCCGCUAUGAGGCAUUGAGAAAGGAAAUCAAGGCCCUCGUGGCUGAGAACGAAGAGCUGAAACAGCUGGUGCUCCUCCUACGCGAGAACCAGGAGCUCAAGUCCGUCCUUCGCGACCAGUUCAACGAGAGAAACCUGCUGCCGAACUUUGAAUCCACCCGGCUGGACCAGCAAGAACCUUUAUUGAACCAGGCCCUCCUUGACGCUUCCAACUUGGACCAAUCCCAAAGUUCCCCGAGCACCAUCCUGCGGCUGGGCAUUCGACAACGACAUCCAUCUGGCCUCACAGCCCAGCUUACCACACAGUGUCCUCCACCACCCCCUUCUCCACCAGGGGGAGGAGUCAUGGCUUCCACGCCACGGGGGCACAGCCCUCCCCGCUUCCAGGUCUGCUCUCCAAGCCCCAUAGGCUCCACUUCAGAAGCCAACAAGCAAGAGCGUAUUGUGGGCGAGGUGGCCUUCCAGCUGGACCGCCGCAUCCUCUCCAGCAUCUUCCCUGACCGACUCCGCCUCUACGGCUUCACCGUUCGCAACAUCCCUGAGAAAAUCUCACAGGUGAAGCGACACCCCCCCUUGCGGCCUCUGAGCCUGGAGCAGUCCGACACCAUCAUGCAGCGCUACCAGAGCAUCAUGGACUCCCUGAAGCCUCUGGGCUACGACCCCAGUGUCCACCCAGGCCUGACGGAGCGCACGGUGAACACCUUCGGCAUCCUUCGUGAGCGGCCAGAAGCCACCAGCCCCGAGGCAGCCACCUACAGCGACAUCCAGCACUUGGAGGAGGUGGUGAGGAGCGUGGCUCCCCCCGAGAUGGUGGAGGACUGCCUGCUGCUGCUGACCUGCCUCCAGAAGCUCUCGCAGGAGGACGGGAAGCCCCUCUUCAUCUGGUGA